AUGUUACCGAGGACGGGCACCAAUACAGCCUCUAUUGAUGUGCGGACCGCGCUCGAGCCGAACGAUUUCCCUGCCGUCCCAAGCAUCAUUGGUGACAUCUCUGCCUUAUCUAAGGUCUUGAAAGCCAAUGACAGGAACAGUCGUCUACAGGUCCUCGAGAAGGCCAGGGAGCUGGUUCGCGCACUCGAAACACCGCGGGAGACCAUGAUCAAGCACACAUGGGCACAGAACACGGCCUUCACAGCAAUCUCCUUUGGUGUGGACACUGGCCUGUGGAAGCAAUGGGUCGAGAAUGGCAGCAAUGUCCCACAGAAGGUGUCGAGCCUGGCGGCACAGCUCAGGCUUGAUCCAGCCGUACUCGGGCGCUUCCUGAAGCACAUCAGCGCCAUGGGAUAUAUCAUAGAGACGGGGCCCGAUGAGUACAAGCUUACCAACUUCACCAAGUCGUUGUCACUGCCCAUCAUCGCAGACUCGUAUCCUUUGUGUCUGUGGAGUAUCAAUAACGCCCUUGCCAACCUACAUGGCUACCUCCGGGAGACGGACUUUGCAGAACCCACGUCCGCGACAGACGGCAACUACCAACAUGCGCACCACAUCAAGGCAGACGUUUUCACACAUUUUCAGGAAAACCCCCCGAAUGGUCCGCGCUUCAACAAUCUCAUGAGUGGUUAUCGCCAGGGCCGGCCCAGCUGGAUGGACAAGGACUUUUUCCCAGUGGAGGAGAAGAUGAUCGAUGGCUUUGAUCCAUCUGGUGACGGCGUGCUCCUCGUCGACAUUGGUGGCAACGUCGGACAUGAUCUUGAUGAAUUCCGACGCAAGUUCCCCGACCAUCCUGGAAAGCUGGUGCUUCAAGACCUCGAGCGGGUUAUAAACCAGAUUGAGCACCUGGACGAGGGGAUCGUGCGGAUGCCACAUGACUUCUUCACAGAGAAUCCCAUCAAAGGCGCUCGUGCUUACUACCUGCACACCGUCCUACACGACUGGCCCGAUGACCUCUGCGUCAAGAUCCUCUCUCGUGUCAGCGAGGCCAUGAAGCCUGGAUACAGCAAGCUGCUCAUCAACGAGCAGGUUAUCCCCGCUCGGAAUGCGCACUGGGAGGCCACUUGUCUCGACAUCCUCAUGAUGAGCCUGCUCAGCUCAAAGGAGCGGACUGAGGCAGAGUGGAGGAACUUGGUCGAGGUACAGACUGGAGCGAACCUGAGAAUCGUCAGGUUUUGGAGCGUCGGAAAUGGCGUGGAGAACUUGAUCGAGAUUGAGAAGGUGUUGUGAAGUGGAGGUAGUAUGGCACGGCCAAAAAAGGCAAUCUUGAUUGCACGGGUAUCCGAGAGAGAUCAGAGGGUCAGAGGGAUCAGAGCGUCAGAGGGAUCAGACGUUAUCAUCAUGAUAACUUCUGUAUUCCGGUGCUUGUGAUCAGGUUUCUGCCUGGUGCAUACCGU